UCGAGAUGCUGAGUACAGAUUCGAGCUUUUAUGGCCUAAUGGUGCCCUUGACUUUGGUCACAGUUCUGCUGACCCAUCAGGGCUUGAAGAAGGAUCUGGAGGACAUGCGCUGGCAGCACACAAUUUACUCGCGGACGAUGCCCGAGUCUGAUGGCCAGGAGAUCCUAGACCAUCUGCGCAAGGAGGGCGCCAACAUAGGACACAUUUUCUCAAAGAUAAAGGUAAAGGGUAAGGAAGCAGAUCCCCUUUACAAAAUGCUAACCCUGCAGCAGCCUGAGAUCGAGUGGAACUUUGUCAAGUUUCUGGUGGAUCGAAAGGGCAGGGUAUACCAACGCUAUGGACCCAAGCAGGAGCCAUCAGCUCUGGUAGAUGACAUUGAGCUGCUUUUGAAGGAAAACUAAAAAAAGUUAAAGAGUAUAUAUGUUAUAUAUAAAACGCAAUGCUAGUGUGACAACGCGUUAAUAAGGGGGAUUACCUGAUGUGCUUUCAGAAUGAUGUUCGCUCCGCACGCCAAGCGAUUUCCCUCACACGCUCUUGGCUGUCGCCUUUCCCGCUGACUUCUGUCAGUUGCAAAUGGCCAAGAGAGGACGAGAGGAGAGGAGAAAUAGGGGGUGGUGGUGGGUUGACCUUUUGGUCGGCUGCACUUGUCACUUUGCUUUAUCAAAUUGCAGUUACCGUUUUGCAGCAGCAGCCAGGCGCACGUCACGUCAAGCAUCCGCCCUGUGUGACACAAUCGAAAGAGGAAAGGGUGGUGGCUUCGGGAUGUAAAGCCAAUCGAAUGGCAUGGCAACCUUGCGCGAAAAACUUUCUUUGAAACUUUGUGCAAAAAAGGAAGUGAAAUAAAAAUAGACAAAGCCUGUGAAUUUUCAUUGCGGUAAGUUUUCUCUCUUCCCCUCAAAUGUCACGUUUCGGAUAUUUAAUCCUCUGGGGUUUUUGGGAAUCAAAUGUAAAGGCUGUACUUUUAGA